UCGAAGCCAAGACAUACGAGAACUUCUUCUGUAUUAUCUCGCUCUUUCAAUCUCUCUCCUCUUUCGUGCGUCUAUUCAAUAAAAUCUUCAAUCCCUCUGUUUAAGGAACAAGAAAAGGCUCGGACUUUGAUCAAAUCUGAGUUUCGAUUCCCAAAAUGGCAUCUGGAUCGUCAGGUCGUGCCAACUCCGGCUCUAAGGGGUUCGAUUUUGGGUCCGAUGACAUUCUCUGCUCGUAUGAAGAUUAUGGCAAUCAGGACGCUUCCAACGGAAAUCAUUCGGAUCCUGUGAUCGGUACUAAUUCCAGCAAGCAGGAUUUUCACAAAAGUAGAAUGACAAGGUCAUCUGUGUUCCCUGCCUCCUCCUACAGCCAGCCAGAAGAUUCUUUCAACCAAGAUGUUGCUGCUGCUUUUGAGAAAAGCAUCAAAAAACAUACUGACAACCUUAUGCGCUUUCUCGAGGGGAUCAGCUCACGGAUGUCCCAAUUGGAAUUGUAUUGCUACAAUCUUGACAAAUCAAUUGGUGAAAUGCGAUCUGAUUUAGUUCGUGACCAUGGAGAGGCAGACAUAAAGCUAAAAUCUCUUGAGAAACAUCUUCAAGAAGUGCACAGGUCUGUUCAGAUCCUAAGAGACAAACAAGAACUUGCUGAGACUCAAAAAGAAUUAGCCAAACUUCAGCUUGUGCAGAAGGAGUCCUCUUCAUCAAGCCAUUCCCAGUCUGAGGAAAAAGCUUCACCAUCUGCAUCUGAAUCCAAGAAAACUGAGAAUGCAACUGAAACACAUAACCAUCAGUUGGCUCUUGCUUUGCCCCACCAAGUAGUGCCACAGCAGCAGCCUGCCCCUGUGCCUCAACAGGCCCAAGCGCCACCUCAGAAUGUGACCCAACAGCAAUCCUAUUAUUUGCCUCCAGCCCAGACCCAACACCCUCAGAGCCAGUAUCUGUCUCCUGAUCCUCAAUAUCGAACAACCCAAAUGCAAGACAUCUCUAGGGUAGCUCCACAGCCAACGCAGACACAAAUAAAUCAAACACCACCAAGCCAGCAAUUUCCGCAGUAUCAGCAGCAGUGGCCGCAGCAGUUGCCACCACAGGUACAAGCAUCGCAACAGUCCUCCAUACAGCCCCAGAUGAGACCUUCAUCACCAUCGGUUUAUCCUACCUAUCCACCCCAAGUCCAACCGACGAAUUCAUCUCCACCAGAAACACUGCCAAACAGCAUGCCUAUGCAAGUGUCAUAUGCAGCAGUUCCUCAACCCUUAUCUAGUCGUGCUGAUGCCAUGCCUUAUGGAUAUGGAGCUGGUAGAACUGUUCCUCAACAACCUUCACCUCAGCAAGUCAAGGGCACAUAUGGCGCACAACCUGGUGAUGGGUAUGCAACUGCUGGUCCUCAUUCCACCCUUCCUGCAGGGAGUGCAUACAUGAUGUAUGAUAGUGAAGGGGGAAGGACACAUCAUCCACCUCAACAACCUCACUUUCCGCAGGGUGGAUAUCCACCAUCGAAUAUUGGCCUCCAAAAUCCUCAACCAGCUACAGGCACAAAUAUGUUAUCUCGCAAUUCAGGCCAUUCACACUUUGUUCGCAACCAUCCCUACAGUGAGUUGAUGGAAAAGCUACUAAGCAUGGGUUUCAGAGGGGAUCUUGUUGCCAGUGUGAUACAGAGGAUGGAGGAGAGCGGUCAGCCUGUGGAUUUCAACACUGUGCUUGAUAGAUUGAAUGUGCAUUCUUCUGGAGGGUCUCAGAGAGGAUGGUCAGGUUGAAGGCAGUGAUUUGGGUUGUAAACCCUUCAUUGUAGAAAGAAUGAUGCUUGAGUUUGACUUGAAUUUUAAUAAAGGAUGUUUUAAUGCAUGAUCACUUGGAGUAGUAUAUGUAUAUCAUGUAUCUUGGUAAUUCCCUCCUUUUUAUUGCGUGUUAUGGAUUUCUCUCCAUGAUUUUUAUAAGGGGAAAAAAUCCAGUUCCAAUAUUAGGCUUCUGAAGGAUCAUGGAUUUGUGUGAAAUUUAGGCUUGCCAACUGCCGGUCAUGGCACGUAGGUGUGGCCCCUUGGAAUAAAGUUUCCCAUUCAUGGUCCCUAUA